AUGAAGGACUUGGGAACUCUUUGCUAUUUCUUAGGAAUUGAAGUUGCCUUCUCUCCUAGAGGCUACCUUCUUUCUCAAUCCAAGUACAUUUUCAACAUUCUUGACUAUGCUUGUCUUUCUGAUACUAGAACAACAAAUACUCCUCUUGAAUUGAAUGUGAAAUAUGCUCUCUCGAAUGGUGUUCCUUUACAAGAUCCUACUUUGUAUGGUACUUUGGUUGGAAGCUUAGUGUAUCUUACGAUUAUUAGACAUGAUAUUGCUUAUGUUGUUAGUCAAUUUGUUGUCUCUCCCACUACAGUAUAUUGGGCAGCGGUUCUUCGUAUUCUUCGUUAUAUUCGAGGAAGUAAAUUUUAA